GCGGGAGCGCGCGGGGGCGGCGGGAGCGCGCGGCGCGCCCUCGCCCGGGGCCGGGACCGGGAUCGGGAUCGCGAGGCGGAGCCCGGGAGCGGCGGGAGGCGGCGGCUCCAGCUCCGCAAACUUUCCCGGAGCGGCGGCGGGGCCAUGGGCCGCGGCCCGCGCUGAGCACCAUGAUCGCGGCCGGGGGCUGCCUCGGAGCCGGGCUGCUGCUGCUGCUGCUGGCCGCCCUCUGCCCCCGCUCCGCCGCUGAAGUCUGCACCGGCACCGACAUGAAGCUGCUGCGUCCCUCCAGCCCCGAGAGCCACUACGAGACCCUGCGGCACCUCUACCAGGGCUGCCAGGUGGUCCAGGGCAACCUGGAACUCACCUACCUGCCCGCUGACGCCGACACCGCCUUCCUCAAGGACAUCAAGGAGGUGCAGGGGUACGUGCUGAUCGCGGAAAACCAAGUGAGCGGGCUGGAGCUGCAGAGCCUGCGCAUCAUCCGCGGCACGCAGCUCUUCCAGGAGCGCUACGCCCUGGCCGUGGUGGGCAACGCCGGCCCCGCCGGGGCACCGGGGCUGCGCCAGCUCGGCAUGAGGCACCUCACAGAGAUCCUGAAGGGAGGGGUGCGCAUCGAGAGGAACCCUGAGCUCUGCUUCCAGGAGACAAUCCUCUGGAGCGACAUCUUCCACCGGCACAACGAGUUCCGUGCCGAGAUCCAGGUGGACACCGCCCGCACCCGCAGCUGUCCCGACUGCCGGGCGCUCUGUGCUGAGGGGCACUGCUGGGGCGAGGACAAACGGGACUGCCAGACACUGACCAACAGCAUCUGCCACGGCUGCCCACGCUGCAAGGGCACCAAGCCCACGGACUGCUGCCACGAGCAGUGCGCCGCCGGCUGCACCGGCCCCAAGCACUCCGACUGCCUGGCGUGUCUGAACUUCAACCGGAGCGGGAUCUGCGAGCUGCACUGUCCCCCGCUCGUCGUCUACAACUCGGACACUUUUGAGUCGAUGCCCAACCCUGACGGGCGCUACACGUUUGGUGCCAGCUGUGUCAGCCAGUGUCCCUACAACUACCUCGCCACGGAGGUGGGGUCCUGCACCCUCGUGUGCCCCCAGAACAGCCAGGAGGUCACGGUCAACAACGUCCAGAAGUGUGAGAAGUGCAGCAAACCCUGCCCAGAGGUGUGCUACGGGCUGGGAGUGGAUUUCCUGAAGGGCGUCCGUGCCGUGAACGCCUCCAACAUCCAGCACUUCUCCGGCUGCACCAAGAUUUUUGGAAGCCUGGCCUUCCUGCCCGAGACCUUCGCUGGGGACCCCAGCACCAACACCCCACCCCUGGACCCCAAACUGCUGCGGAUCUUCGAGAGCCUGGAGGAGCUGACAGGCUUCCUCUACAUCGCGGCCUGGCCACCCGACAUGAAGGACCUGGGAGUCUUCCAAAACCUGCGGGUGAUCCGGGGCCGGGUGCUGCACAACGGCGCCUACUCGCUGACGCUGCAGGACCUGGCGGUGCAGGCGCUGGGGCUGCGGGCCCUGCGCGAGAUCAGCAGCGGGAUGGUGCUCGUGCACCACAACCCCCAGCUCUGCUUCCUCCAGAAGGUGCCCUGGCACAGCAUCUUCCGCAACCCCCGCCAGCGCCUCUUCCAGACCCACAACAAGCCCCCCGAGCAGUGCGAGAGCGAGGGGCUGGUUUGCUUCCACCUCUGCGCCCAGGGGCACUGCUGGGGCCCCGGCCCGACCCAGUGCGUGGCCUGUGAGCGGUUCCUGCGCGGCCAGGAGUGCGUGGCCUCCUGCAACCUCCUGGAUGGAGCCGUCCGGGAACACGCCAACGGGACGCGGUGCCUGCCGUGCCACCCCGAGUGCCAGCCCCAGAACGGCACCGAGACCUGCUUCGGAUCGGUGAGGACAGGGACACACGCUGGCUGGGGUGGGGGGUACCCCCAGACACCCAGGUCCCUCAAGCCACCCCGAUUCCUGCAGGAUCCAGACCAGUGCGUGGCCUGUGCCCACUACAAGGACGCCCAGCAGUGCGUGCGGCGCUGCCCCAGCGGCGUCAAGGCCGACGCCUCCUUCGUGCCCGUCUGGAAAUACCCGGACGAAUUCGGCGUCUGCCAGCUCUGCCCCACCAACUGCACCCACUCAUGCACGAUCCGGGAUGAGGACGGAUGUCCUGUGGACCAGAAGCCAAGCCAGGUGACAUCCAUCAUUGCUGGUGUGGUGGGGGCUCUGCUGGUCAUCGUCCUGCUCCUCAUCACCGUCAUCUGCGUCAAGCGCCGGCGGCAGCAGGAGCGCAAGCACACCAUGCGGCGGCUGCUGCAGGAGACCGAGCUGGUGGAGCCACUGACGCCCAGCGGGGCCCUCCCAAACCAAGCCCAGAUGAGGAUCCUCAAGGAGACGGAGCUCAAGAAAGUGAAAGUUUUGGGUUCCGGUGCUUUUGGCACCGUCUAUAAGGGCAUCUGGAUCCCCGAUGGGGAGAGCGUGAAGAUCCCAGUGGCCAUCAAAGUCCUGCGGGAGAACACAUCACCCAAAGCCAACAAGGAGAUCCUGGACGAGGCCUAUGUGAUGGCAGGGGUGGGCAGCCCCUACGUGUCCCGACUGCUGGGCAUCUGCCUGACCUCCACGGUGCAGCUGGUGACGCAGCUGAUGCCCUACGGCUGCCUCCUGGACUACGUGCGGGAGAACAAGGACCACAUCGGCUCCCAGGACCUGCUCAACUGGUGUGUGCAGAUUGCCAAGGGGAUGAGUUACCUGGAGGAGGUGAGACUGGUGCACCGGGACUUGGCCGCUCGCAACGUCCUCGUCAAGAGCCCCAACCACGUCAAGAUCACCGACUUUGGGCUGGCCCGGCUGCUCGACAUCGAUGAGACCGAGUACCACGCUGAUGGUGGCAAGGUCCCCAUCAAGUGGAUGGCGCUGGAGUCCAUCCUCCGCCGGCGCUUCACGCACCAGAGCGACGUCUGGAGUUACGGUGUCACCGUGUGGGAGCUGAUGACGUUUGGGGCAAAGCCGUACGAUGGGAUCCCUGCCCGGGAGAUCCCGGACCUGCUGGAGAAGGGCGAGCGGCUGCCGCAGCCGCCCAUCUGCACCAUCGACGUCUACAUGAUCAUGGUGAAAUGCUGGAUGAUUGACUCCGAGUGCCGGCCCAAGUUCCGGGAGCUGGUCACCGAGUUCUCCCGCAUGGCCCGCGACCCCCAGCGCUUCGUGGUCAUCCAGAAUGACCUGGUGGGGCUGCCCGGCUCCAUGGACAGCACCUUCUACCGGGCUCUGCUGGAUGAGGAGGACAUGGAUGACCUGGUGGAUGCCGAGGAGUACCUGGUGCCUCACCACGGCUUCUUCAGCACCGACACCUCCACCACCUACCGCAGCCGCAUCUCCUCCAUGCGGAGCACAGCGGAGUCUCCGGCCAAGGUGGAAGAGGGCGAGGGCUUGGCCUCCUUCCCGUUCCCUGCCCAGGACCUGGCAGAGGAGCAGGAGGACCCCGUCCCAGAGGUGUCGGAUGGGGACAAGGUGGCCCUGCAGAGCCCCCCGGGGCGGGAGCCUGGGACCCUGCCCCGGUACAGCGAGGAUCCCACCGAGCUGGUGGCCAAGGAUGGAGAGGACCCCGAGGGUUUCACCGUCCUGGCCCCCCACAGCACCAUGCCAGAGUACGUGAACCAGGCUGGGGAAUGUCCGCCCCGCAGCCCCUGCAGCCCCCCAUCCCCGCCGGACAAGCCCAGGGGGCACCAGGGGAAGAACGGGCUCAUCAAAGACCCCAAGAACUCCUUCCCAGGGCCCUUUGGCCACGCCGUGGAGAACCCCGAGUACCUGGCACCCCACGGGCCCCCCACCCCUGGCCCCUUCAGCCAGGCCUUCGACAACCCCUACUACUGGAACCAGGACCCCGCCAAGGCCGGGGGCCCCGAGGGUGGUCCCAGCACGACGCCCACGGCCGAGAACCCCGAGUACCUCGGCCUGGCCAGCCCCGACGCCACGGCCGUAUAGGAGAGACCCCCCCCAACUUCACCGAGGCAGCUCAGGGAAGGACAAGCCAUGGCCACGGGGCUGGGGGUCCAUCCCCUCUGCCCGGGGGUGGCACCGGCCACGGAGGGCUGGGAGAGCCCGGGACGCUGUGGGACAGCGCGGCAGCUGAGUGGGGACAGAGGGGACACCCUCGGUGGUGGCACUGGGGACCCUCAAGCCGGGCGGUGCCUGGAGCAGCCCAGGGAGCUCGGACCCAGCACGGCCCGGAGGAGGACAGACCCUCUGCCAUGCCCCCCACCCCAGGGCUGUCCCAGUGCCUGGGACACGUGGACUUGCACUGAGGGCAGCUGGACUGAGAGCAGUCCCGGCUGCUCCGGGAUUCUUUGGAAGCACCGGGAUGUAUAUUUGAUAAUUGUACAUUGCUUGUUUUUUCUA